UGGGCGGGCGGGGCCAUGCGCGCGGGACGCAGCCUCUCCGCCCAGCGGCAGCUGAGCAGAGCGCGAGCAGCAACUGAGACCCUCUGCACAAGAAAUCCCCAGAGGGGGGGGGAAGUCUGCAUUGCCUACGAACCCCCAGGGGGAGAUGAGGCGGAGGAGGCAGCUGAGCCCAAGAAGCAGAAAUGGGAACCAGCCAGCUGGGAACAGCAGCUGGCCAACAUUCGGGAGAUGCGGAGGAAAAGGGACGCCCCCGUGGACCAGAUGGGGGCCGGGGCAUGCUUUGAUAGGGAGGCCCCUCCAGAGGUGAAGCGCUACCAGAUUCUGCUGUCGCUCAUGCUCUCCAGCCAGACAAGGGACCAGGUGACCUCAGCAGCCAUGAUGCGCCUGAGGGAGCAUGGCCUAACGGUGGACCGGAUCCUGGAGACCGACGAGGAGGCUCUGGGCCGGCUCAUUUACCCUGUCGGCUUUUGGAGGAACAAGGUGCGAUAUAUCCAGAAAACUACAGCAAUCCUGAAGCGGGACUACGCUGGUGACAUCCCACGGACUGUUGCAGAGCUGGUGAAAUUACCUGGGGUCGGUCCGAAGAUGGCCCAUCUGGUUAUGGACAUUGCCUGGAAGGAUGUUUCAGGAAUCGGUGUGGAUACACAUGUGCAUCGGAUUUGCAACAGGUUAAAGUGGGCGAAGAAGGAAACGAAGCUUCCAGAGGAAAUGAGGCAAGCUCUGGAGGAAUGGCUGCCCAGGACUCUCUGGAGUGAGAUCAACUGGCUCAUGGUUGGCUUCGGGCAGCAGAUCUGCUUGCCUGUCCGUCCACAUUGCAGUGAAUGCCUCAACAAGGACAUCUGCCCAGUAUCCACGAAGCGCUGAAGAACACCGCCCCCCCCAGGCCUUUCUGUCUUGGGG